AUGGCGUCCUCAUCCAAUCCCGUCUCCCAGGAGACUAGCUAUCGCACAAUGAACGACCAGGACGACGCAACCCUCACAGGGAAGCACUGCCAACUAGAAUACUGCAACCAAAUCGACUUCUUGCCAUUCAUAUGCCAAAGUUGUAACAAAACCUUUUGUCAAGAGCAUCGGAUCGAAGAUUCACACAAAUGCACCAACCCCGGCGCUUGGGCGCGACGGCGGCGCGAAGCCGAGCUCGCCAAGGCAAGCAUCGGAACCCAGGAGUACACUGUCAAACUUCGGAUAGUUGCCGUCAACACCCUCAAGAAGACGGCCAAAGGAGACGAGAAACUAGCUCUCGACAAGCGCGUAUACAUUUCCGUCGAAGCAGAGGCGGCGACGGCCAAGGCAAAGUUCCCCAAGGGCGCCUUCUUCUACAGCAAAGACUGGGUGAUAGGGCGUGUUUUGGAUGCAGCGGCUAAAAGCCUGCAGGUGGAAAACGUCAACAAUCAGUCUUCAAGCGAGAAUGACAAGCUCAGGGUGUUCCAUGUAGAGGGCGGGCGGCUGUUAGAAUUCAACGAGAAGGUCGGCACCGCCCUUGUUAGUGGCAACACGAUUGUGUUGUUGAGAGGCGUAGGGCCACCACCGGAUCUUAUUGAUCUCUAG